AUGGCGCGCCCGAUUCAAGUGAAACCCGCAGACAGCGAGAGCCGUGGAGGGGACAGGAAGCUCUUUGUGGGCAUGUUAAAUAAACAGCAGUCUGAGGAUGACGUGCUCCGGCUCUUUGAACCAUUUGGGGUCAUUGAUGAAUGUACGGUGCUCCGUGGACCUGAUGGUAACAGCAAAGGCUGUGCUUUUGUAAAGUUCUCAUCUCACACAGAGGCUCAGGCAGCAAUCCACGCGCUCCAUGGCAGCCAGACAAUGCCCGGCGCUUCCUCCAGUCUAGUGGUGAAGUUUGCUGACACAGAUAAAGAGAGGACCCUCCGUCGUAUGCAGCAAAUGGUGGGGCAGCUGGGGAUAUUCACUCCAUCUCUCACCUUGCCGUUCAGCCCAUACAGCGCCUAUGCGCAGGCU